CUAACAUUUUUAAAUGAAUUUUGUCGACUACAUAACCUGCAUAUUUUUUUUAUUUUUUAUUUACAGGAAUUAAGAACAUGUCCUUCAGGAUAGAUUAAGUACUUGGGAACAUUAUUUUAUUUCUGCAGGAGGUGUGCACCAGUCCUUCAGGAUUUUUCCCUUGUGCAGCAAGUGUACUGGACAUUCCUGCACUAUUGUACUGAAGGCUCCAUUUAAAUCCAUAUAGGAAUAUUCUGCGGCGUUUGUCAAUGUGUCCUGCAGGAUUUCAUCACUCCUUUUGAUACCAGCAAACAUCCUGAAGAAAAAUGAAAAUCCUGCAGGAUUCUUGAAGGUUGUUUUUUUGUUUGUUGGUUUUUACAACAGUGCGUCUUCGAAACGAAUUUGACCUCGUUCACACCAGUACUUAGCCCUGUACACUUGAAUCGGAUCACCAAGAACCCAUGUUAAUGCCAGGUGUGAAUGCAUGCAUUAGCGCGUAUUCGUUGGAACGCGGAUUAGGUAGCCAUAAACUUGGUCAGGGUCGUUCCACUCCAGUUCAGUAGGUGGCAAUGUUAAGCGGGUCUACCAACAACGAAGUAGUAGUAGUAGAAGAAGAAGCGUCUGCUUUAAGUUUAUAUGACGUAGAGCUAGGCUGUGUUUUUUGCUCUUUUAUUGAAGACAAAUUCUAAAAAAAACAACAAAAGCUAACAUCAUAAUGUGACCAAUCGUGUGAACAACCCAGGACCCCCUGUUAAAUGUUUUGGAUGUGAAAAUUGGUCUCUUUUUUGAAGGGGUUAUGAAAGUUACAAAAAGAUCACCUCCUUGACAGAGAAACAAAAGAAAAUGGCCUGGUUUCAUCAUGCCUUGCAAGAAGCAAGCCUACCACAGUCGUCUUCGAUGAAGAAUCAUGUAUGUCUCGAGUCAACCCCCAGAUCAGCUAUACCAGUAGCUUUAUCUGAGGGCCAAGGUUGGCCUCAAUGCCUCCAAUCCUCCAUUACAUCCUACCCUACUGCUUCACAAGAUAUGCUAUGCCUAAAAGUGGGAGAACAUUUGGAUAACUCUUCCAUCAAUCAGAGUGAUGGUCCAGUGCCUUUGUCAUACGUGACUCUCCAGGAACAGCGCUGUGUGGUUAGCUGGUUUCUUGGCUGGGGUCCGUCUCAAAGAGAAUGUUUUCUUCAAGACCUGAUUUCAAAGGCAGUACCAGGAAAAGUUUGCAGCUUAUUGGAGCACCUUAAUAAACUUCAGGUGAAGGACUGCCCUCCUAACAUUUUUGAGUGUCAGUUGAGACUCUGGACACAGUGGUUUGAUACAUGGUCCGAAGAGGAAAGGAAUGCCUUCUUGACCAAACUGGAAGAGAAGGAUCCAAUCUUUGUUGCUCAGUUCUACAGAGAGCUAGCUGGUACUGCAGGAAGGGAUUGAUGGCUUUUGUAUAAAUAAAUUGUUUUUUCCUCCGAUAUUUCAUUCAUACCAUCAUCUAUAACAGCACAUUCAACCCUGCCUUUCCUCUUAGAUCAGGAAUUCCUUAGUAAAAGUUCCUCAGAUUAAUAUCAGUAGGCAGUGUGAUCACCAGAUUGACAUUCUUUUCCAUUUCCCUAUUCUAUAAUGCCAUUCUGAUGAUCACACUGCCUACUGAUAUUAAUCUGAGGAACUUUUAUGAAGGAAUUCCUGAUCUAAGAGGAAAGGCAGGGUUGAAUGCACUGUUAUAGAUGACAGCAUGAAUUAAUAUUAACCUAGAUUAGCUGAUCAUGAAUGAAAUCCUUAGGCAUGAUGUCAAAAAUAUGAUUAAAAGGAAAGUGUAAUUGAGUUCAUACAUGAAAACAAAAAUAACUAAAUGGUCACAUGUCAAAUGCAUGGUUGGUAAAUUGUCUGCAUAGUCUGCUUAAUGACAGGAAUUGUAUUUUAACUUGCAUUUAAUUAAAAUACUGAUUUACACACUCCUCAU